AUGUCUCUUCCCCAAAGCAUUCGCGAAUAUAGAUCAAACGGUGACGGCUACCAAAACAUCAAACUCGUCAGAUCGUCUAUCGAACCGCCUAACUCGACGGAGGUAAUCAUCAAGGUCCAUGCUGUGUCCUUGCAGUACCGCGACCUUAUGGUCUCUAUGAGCAAGUACCCUGGAGCAAAACCAAACGUCGUUGUCGGCUCGGACGCAGCGGGCGAGAUCGUUGCCGUCGGCCAGGACGUCAAAGGCUGGAAGGUUGGAGACCGCGUCUCUCCGAACUUCUCGCUCGACCAUCUUGAUGGCGACACGAGCCCGAAGAUCUUUGGUACUAGUCUUGGUGCCCCUACCGAUGGAGUGUUAAGGGAGUACAUAAAGGUUCCUGCCCAUUCGCUGGUUCGCAUCCCCGAGCACCUUUCGUACGAGGAAGGAUCAACGCUCCCGUGUGCAGCUUUGACCGCUUAUAACGCCCUUCAUGGCCCGAAGCCCUUGAAAGGAGGAGACACGGUCCUUAUCCUCGGAACUGGCGGUGUCUCUACCUUCGGCCUUCAGUUUGCAGUCGCUUCCGGAGCAGAGGUCAUUGUGACUUCCUCGUCUGAUGAGAAGCUUAAGGUUGCGAGGCAGCUUGGGGCGCACCAUACAAUUAACUAUAAGACCAACCCAGACUGGGACAAGGAGGUUUUAAAGAUCACCGGUGGCAGAGGUGUUGACCACACUAUCGAGGUUGGAGGCCCGGGGACCGUCCAUAAGUCCGGAAACGCGACUAGAAUGGCAGGCUAUAUUCAUAUUAUUGGCUUUGUUGCAUCAGGUGAUAACGCAAUCCCCAUUCCCGCUCUUGUCCACACCGCAAAAAUAUAUCGCGGCAUUUUGAUAGGCUCGGUCGCACAAUUCGAGUCCAUGAACCGUUUGAUAAAGACAAAGAAGAUCAAGCCCGUCGUCGACAAGGUCUUUCCCUUUGAGCAGACCAUCCAAGCCUAUUCGUAUCUGGAGUCCCAGCAGCAUGUCGGCAAGGUCGUGAUAAAGGUCUCGAAAGAUUAA